GUAAGCAUUCGUUCAGUGAGCGUAACACAAAACAGACAUAGUAUUUUCACCAGUUUGUUAAACCACUUCUAUAUAUACAAUUUUCUAAAAGGAACUAUACAUUCCGUUUUUCAAACUAGAACUUUUUCAUUUUCAUUAAGGAAAAUAUUUUGGCAGCCAUACGUUUUUUAGGAGAUACCUGAAGGCCAUACGAAACUUUAAGGAAUUUCCAUUUUGUUGCUAACUGCUAGUACGUGUAGCAAUUUCUUUGCCUUAUAGAUACAAAGCUUAUAGAUACAUACAUACUACAUACGCGUUUGGAUUAACGAUGGCCCCGGUGGCCUACAAUGUGACCGUCACUCACAAUUCGCUGAUUCAGUGGUCCCGUGGCGAAAUCCUGGAUUGGUUCAACGAAACGCUCCAAUGCAGCCUGACCAAAAUCGAGCAUUUGUGCACCGGAGCCGCCUAUUGCAAUCUGAUGCACAUGCUCUUUCCCGACACCAUCAAUUUGAAGCGGGUGAAGUUUGUCUCGAAUCAGGAAUACGAGUUCGUGGCCAACUUUAAGGAACUGCAGAAGGCCUUCAACAAGGUGAAAGUAAGUCCACCCGUGCAGGUUAAUAAGUUGGUCAAGGGUCGAUGUGUAGACAAUUUCGAAUUUGCCGUCUGGUUUCGCCACUUUUACAUGGCCAACUACAAGAGGAAAAGGGUCCUCUCCUACGAUGUACUGACUGCUCGUGACCAUCAGGACAUCGGAUUGGGAAACUCGCGAUCGACCACGCCCGUAUCGGCAAACAGACUUCGGCGUGGCAUUGAGAUCGUGAAGAUAUCACCGCGACGUGAUCGGAGCAAGACUGGAUAUGAGGAUUACCUUAAGAGCAAGCAGUCGCCGGCACUCAAGAAGAAGGAUGAUCGAAAUCAAGGAACCAACUCCGCUGAAGGAUCUCUAGCCAGUCAAGCAGAGCUUAGAACUAAGCCUAAUAAGUUUCCAGUUCGAAGUAAUUCAAAGGUGUCGCUCAUGAGUAACACGAAAACCACGAACACCAACACCCGAAGUGACAACAAACGCUCUCUAAAAAUCGUCGAUACUCCACGUCCAACUUCCCCGGCCAGGAGGACCAAGGCCACCGGAAAAACUGGUCGCCCCUCACCCACUGGCCAAACAAUGACCAAAGCACCAAAGCCAUCUGAAGCAGCAAAGCCAUCUGAAGCAGCAAAGCCAUCUGAAGCAGCAAAGUCAUCUGAAGCAGCCAAGUCUUCUGAAGCACCAAGGAGUAAUCCUGAAAAGACGGAAGCGGCUAAACGCCUUGAAGCCGUCCAGGAGCGUCUACUGCGCUUGGAGGCGCAGAAACGGAGCUUUCAAUGCAUGCCCGAGAUCUGGAGGCAGCGAAUGGAGCAGAUCGACGCUCGCAGGGAGCAGGAGCUCCACAGGUGUAGGCACCCUAUCCACAUAGGGAUUCGCGCUAAUAACCCGGGUGCGAAUAGCCAGGACAACGAUAAUAACCAGGACAUACACAUUGUACUCGAACCGGAAGAGAUCAUCGAGCUCUUCAGGUCGCCGGAGUUCUUUUCCACGGCAGAGUCAGUGCCAGCAAUGGUUGAUGAUCUCGAUGAUGAUGGUGUUAUUCCCGAAGGACUUUCGAAAGAACUAGCCAAAGUCCUGACGUCUUGCAAGCUCACCAAUGAGCAGCUCCUGGCCGAGGUGGCCCUCCACGGUGGCCUCCGUCUGCUGAUCAAGAACACCGAUGAUGACAAUGAUGUCGACGUUGCUGUGCAAACCACCAAACCGUGUGCAGCCUGUGGCAGCAAAACAGGAGCAGGAGAAGCCACCACGCAUUUUUAAGGAUGGUGGAGCAUUUCAAAAUUAUCCGUUUUUCAGUUUGUUGUACUAAAUUCAACUUUUGAAUCGUCACUGGUUUUGUUUUACUUUGUUUCGAAAUUAUAAAUUCAAAUUUUGUAACCGAAA